AUGAGCGUGUCCGGCCAGGAAUGGAUCACGAAGACAAUGCUCUGCCUGCAAGAGGAAUUGGUCCUCUUCACCAACGGUCCAGAGCUGCAGACCUGCAGUGAGCUGAAGCAGUAUGCCCUCAGCACACAUGCCGAAUGUUACGUGAGAAGCGGUGUCUGCACUCUGCCGAUUGAGGACUGGGGAAAGAUUUUAGAAAUUGUCGGUCCGGCUUUGAUUUCUGAACUGGAGAACUUCAAAUCGGCGUUUGAGACUGCCGGAGACUGCGUGAAGUUGUAUAUCUGGUUAUUGGGCAAGAUUUUCCACCACUCUGCGUCUUCUCUAGAUUCAAAUGAAUUUCUACAGCCUCCUGGUGGUGCGCGGGUUGAAGAUUGGGAAGGAUGGGCCGGUUCCCGGCAGCCAGUAGACAUGACUUAUAUUUGA